AUGUUUAACUCGGUCAACCUGGGCAACUUCUGCUCGCCGUCGCGCAAGGAGAGGGGCGCUGAUUUCGGCGAGCGAGGCAGCUGCGCCUCCAACCUCUAUCUCCCCAGUUGCACUUACUACGUGCCCGAGUUCUCCACGGUCUCCUCCUUCCUGCCCCAGGCCCCCUCUCGUCAGAUCUCCUAUCCCUACUCGGCCCAAGUGCCCCCGGUCCGGGAGGUCUCCUACGGCCUGGAGCCAUCCGGCAAGUGGCACCACCGGAACAGCUACUCCUCCUGCUAUGCGGCGGCCGACGAGCUCAUGCACCGGGAGUGCCUGCCUCCUUCCACCGUCACCGAGAUCCUCAUGAAAAACGAAGGCUCCUACGGCGGCCACCACCACCCCAGCGCCCCGCACGCAGCCCCCGCCGGCUUCUACUCCUCAGUCAACAAGAACAGCGUCCUGCCUCAAGCCUUCGACCGCUUCUUCGACAACGCCUACUGCGGCGGCGGCGACGCGCCAGCCGAGCCCCCCUGCCCGGGCAAGGGCGAGGCCAAGGGGGAGCCCGAGGCGCCCCCGGCCUCGGGACUGGCGUCCCGGGCUGAGGCGGGUGCGGAGGCCGAGGCCGAGGAGGAAAACACGAAUCCCAGCUCGUCCGGUUCAGCCCACUCGGCGGCCAAGGAGCCGGCCAAGGGAGCCGCCCCCAACGCCCCCCGCACCCGCAAGAAGCGCUGCCCUUAUUCGAAAUUCCAGAUCCGGGAACUGGAGCGCGAGUUUUUCUUCAACGUGUACAUCAACAAAGAGAAGCGGCUGCAGCUGUCCCGGAUGCUGAACCUGACGGACCGACAAGUGAAAAUUUGGUUUCAGAACAGAAGGAUGAAAGAAAAAAAACUAAGCAGAGACCGGCUGCAGUAUUUCUCGGGAAAUCCUCUGCUGUAACCGCAGAC